AGGUGACGCCACUGGAAUGCAUGAUCAUAGAGCUUAAACUGUGUUGCCAAAUCAGGCGGCCGAGAUAAGGCUAUAAAAUAAGACAACAGUUUUUUCCCCUGAUCUAUUGCCUGGCAAGAAGGGGACACAGAAGCAUGGUCGCCAGAAACGUGUUUCUUGUUGUCCUUGUGACGUACUUUGCUCUGGCAGCUGGCGCCAAGAACAAGUACAAGAACAAUGCCUUGCAGGGGGAGACAAGUCUGAAGGAUGAAAAGCACAUUAAGAGACAAGGUAUGACGCAAUCUAAAGACUAUUCAUAAUUUUGUUACAUAUCAGCAUAUCAUUAAUUAAAAUCAGAAGAACUUUUUAAAAAAGUAUCUUUCUCUUGAUGACAAAAUCGAAGUACAAUUUUCAAAACAAAGCGUUUAAAAAAGAUUGUUUUGCUUUUCAAUUUUAAUGAAUGUGUUUGUAAUAUAUAUAUAUAUAUAUAUAUAUUUAAAUAUGAAUUAAAUUUUGUUUUAAAUUUUUGGUUUAUUUAGGAAUGUGUUUGUUUUUUAAUUGAGCAAAUAAUGACAGACCAUCGUAAAACUAAACGACUUAAAUUAUGAUGGGGGAUAACACUCAGUUGUGAUCAUGUCUGCUAUGUUCAUUCCAGUAUCGUGUGAAAACUAUCAAUUGUGAUAAUGUAAACCAUGUACAUUCCAGUAUCAUGUGAAGACUAUCAGUUCCGUUGCAACAAUGGCGAAUGUAUACCGCAAAUUUUCUACUGUGACUCUGGUCGAGAUUGUACCGAUGGGUCAGACGAGGUCAAUUGUCGUAAGUAGGAUAUUCAUAUUUUGUAUGUUGAGUGAAACCCCCUAGAAUGCCAGGUAGAGGGCAGUGAGAUGGUCAUUCGAAAGACGCCGACCAGGGUAUUUGAAUAUGUUAUUAAAGACUUAUACCAUUUUAGCCAAAUGGCUAUCGGUACUAUCGCCAGUUAUAAUUAAAUCCUCCAGGUAUAGUUACUUUAACCAGUUACAGUUAAAUCCACCAGCUAUAGAUAAAAUCUCCAAAUUAUAGCUAGAAACUGUAUCUUCAUAAACAUACAUCAUCAACUGAUUGACCUACAUGUACCAAAUGAUUGACCUACAUUGUUGCCAGCUGCCGGAUGCACGUCAGAGCACGAGUUCGAAUGUCUCAAUGGCAGAUGUGUCUCAAAAGCUUUUAUCUGUGAUGGGGACAACGACUGCGGAGACCUGUCCGAUGAGACCGACUGCCGUAAGUAUAGCAAUAAUUGAUGCGCCUGUUAGCGCCGAUAGACCAGAAAGAACUAGUCAAUCAUUUGACAGAAGUAUAGGAUAACUUUUACGUCUACCAAAACUAAGGGUUGAACAAGCGAAUCGGCUUGACAUGGACUGGCUUACAAAACAAUACGUUGCAACACAGCAACAGCAACACCACCAACAACAACAAAUCUUAGCAACAACAAAAUCAAAGGGAAAUUACUGAUACCAAGGCAACGUAAGUAAACAAGAAUAAUUUUUUAGUGCCACGGCUGUGAAUGUAAGAAUACAACUUAAACUACACAAAAGCUAAAUUAUCCUUACAAUGAACAAGAAGAUGAUUGGUCCACAACAAGAACAACAAAAUAAUAUCACCCCACAAUGUGGUCUGCACGUCUCGUAUGUUUGUUCUGUGAGUUUCCCCGCAAAAAAAUUUUCCUCACCCAGAUUCCACAUAUGAAUUUCUCACGAUAAGAUUGCACACUCAGAAAACUUCCCACGCUUGGAAAAUACCGAAAACGUAAAUUUCCCCACUUUAAAUAUUACACGUUUCGUGGAUAAGUCCUUUGUUGAUUUCCGAAAAAAAAGUUGUUACUCCUGGUCACAAUAAUUUAAUAAAUAUUACAAAGCUUGAUGGAUUAUUUUCAUUUGAAAAAUUGGUUUAUAUAACAUGACACAUUAUUCGUUUAGAUUUCAUAACUAUGAUACUUUGUCGACGUGGCCGAUAAGCAAACGAAAUGCCCUGGUACAAGUAGGGCCUAAUGAACGAUAUGUUUUUAACAAUAAAAUGGGACAAAAUAGGUUGGCAAUUAUUGAGUUUUAACCCGUCUUUGAUUGAAAAUCUUUUUUUUUUUUUUUUAAAAGCAUUUUUAACACUAAAAAAUUUCAUGUGCGACUUUGUAGUAUUAAAUUUGAAUCUGCUUACUAUCGACAAAAGUAUUAUUAUUUACUUUUUAAAAAAUCCCACAACUCUCAUAUGAGCGCUCUGACUAACCUUUCUACCGCGGUUUAUCAAUCUUUUCCCACCUUUCGCUGAACGAAGCAGACGCGAUGUUGACACGAUUCAGUUGCGGCAGGACAAUCCACUGAGCGCAAAAUGUCAAGUGUAUAAACCAAAAAAAAACAUUGACGAUGCACAAACUAUCAAGAUAGAAAUGCGAGUCAAAAGAAAGUCUUAAACAUAUUUUUUUUUCCCCUCAACAUAAAGGUAAGAUAAUAAGAUAACUAAAUAAAUUACAAGUUUUAAAAUCCUGUGGAGCCUGAACCGACAUGAACACAGAUGCGACCCGCGCGCUUUAUUAAAACAAUAGGUCUAAUUAAAAAAAAUCGACCUAAAACAUAGUGUUGCUUACAUUCCUUUCAGAUUUAACGACGUGUUCCGAAGACAGGAUCCAGUGUGACAACUACAAGUGCAUACCAUCCACCUUUCGUUGUGAUGGUGACAAUGAUUGUGGUAAUGGCUGGGACGAGGAGAACUGCAGUAAGUAAGAAUGUGCUUGUGGAUGAUUGGAUAAAGAUAUGUGGUUCAACACUUUUCUCCCAUAUAGGCAACCGGAGGCUCGCUUUUUAAUAAUAAUAAUAAAGUUUAUUUCAAAAACACGCUUCAUCCCCAAAGGCUCGAAGCCGAUUAAUCGAUAACCGUUAAUUGGUCAAUUCCCAAUUCCCUAACCUAUAUCAUCCUGACAUACCGAACAUAUGGUAUUUUACAAAGCGGACAUAUCAUCUCUACGGCCUUUUACAGACUGUUCUUACCAUCAUGGCCUCAGACUGUUCUUACCAUCAUGGCCUCAGACUGUUCUUACCAUCAUGGCCUCAGGCUGUUCUUAACAUCAUGGCCUCAGGCUGUUCUUACCAUCAUGGCCUCAGACUGUUCUUACCAUCAUGGCCUCAGACUGUUCUUACCAUCAUGGCCUCAGACUGUUCUUACCAUCAUGGCCUCAGACUGUUCUUACCAUCAUGGCCUCAGACUGUUCUUACCAUCAUGCCCUCAGACUGUUCUUACCAUCAUGGCCUCAGACUGUUCUUACCAUCAUGGCCUCAGACUGUUCUUACCAUCAUGGCCUCAGACUGUUCUUACCAUCAUGCCCUCAGACUGUUCUUACCAUCAUGGCCUCAGACUGUUCUUACCAUCAUGGCCUCAGACUGUUCUUACCAUCAUGGCCUCAGACUGUUCUUACCAUCAUGCCCUCAGACUGUUCUUACCAUCAUGGCCUCGUAUCCAACUAAUCCAGUCGACUUUAAGCGACACGUUGAUUUUUCUGGAUGGCUCUUUCAUGUUAGGGGUCAUCGACCUUAUUGAACUCUGUCUUCUUAUCUCAGCUGAAUCGUGCGCCGACUACCAGUUCCGGUGCACGGACGGCUUCAGGUGCAUCCCCAACACCUGGGUCUGUGAUUACGGCGCUGACUGUCCUGACCACAGCGAUGAGGUCAACUGCGGUGAGUAUAGGGUCAAAACCCAAGGCACACACUUUGUCACUUUCACUUAAGAAGAUGUUAUUUGAAACAAUACUUUAUUCUGGAUGUGUAGAGCACGACAAAACCCUAGAUCCCCAAACUACAUUGAUUUCUAAGUUUAAAAAAAACAUUAUUUAUUUUUCUAAAAUUCUGCCUAUAUCCACAUCUAUACGUGCAUGCACUUUUAUUUGCCUAUUGCCACAUCUAUUUUGUUAUUUCCCCUACAAAACAGUUAAGUGAACAUUUCAGUUGCGUUCAGCGAGCAAUUCAUUAAUGUACUUCUCUUUAGUCUGCAACGAAACGACCCACUUCGAAUGCCCGAGCGGACGCUGCAUUGACCACGCCUGGAGAUGUGAUGGAGACAAUGACUGCUUGGACUUUGCCGACGAAGUGUCCUGUCGUAAGUUUUUGUUUACCUCUAGACACACCAGUAGCAGGCUCGUGAACAGCUACGUGAGUCGGUUUGAUGUCUCGACUGUGAGUGCAUCGACUCCUUACUCCUCAUAGAAUGUAUGGCUAACACUUUUGCUCGGAUGACGUAGCGUCCACGAAAUUGUCUCAGUAGGAAAAGAGAAUGGUCAAUUCGCCAUUAAAAGCGGCCAUCCAUCCCCUAGAAAGGGGUGAAGAUAUUCCAGGUGGGGUUCAUGUUGGGAAGAUAUCCCGGGAAGGGAAUUAUAUGGUGCACCUGUUCCGGGAGGACAGUCAUUUCGGGCAAAUGUUUCAGGUUUGGAUUACUAUGGAGAAGAUGUUCCACGAGGGCAUUCACUUGGAGAAGAUAUUCCAAGAGGGCAUUCAAAUGGAGAAGAUAUACCAAGAGGGCAUUCAAAUGGGGCAUAUAUUCCAAGAGGGAAUUCAAUGGAGAAUUUAUACCAAUGGGGCAUUUAUAUGGGGGCAGAUAGUCCAAGAUGGCUCAUCAAAUGGGCAAUAUAUAGCAAGAGGACAUUAGAAUGGGGCAGAUAUUCCAAGAGGGCAUUCAAAUGCGGCAGAUAUUCCAGGAGCAGUGCCUAUUUGGUGCCUAUUUGGUGCCUAUUUGGUGCCUAUUUGGUGCCUAUUUGGUGCCUAUUUGGUGCCUAUUUUGUGCCUAUUUGGUGCCUAUUUGGUAUAUGUGUCAAGUGUAACGCUUCUGACUCGGCCCUAUCUUGCCUCAACGUAGUGCAAAAUCCCUACGCCUCUGCUCACUGAGUUCUAUGUGUCCUCUUCCAUCUUCUAUAAGUAUUGAGGUAUACCCUGUACCAUCUUCUAUAAGUAUUGAGCUAUGUCCUGUACCAUUUUCUAUAAGUAUUGAGCUAUGCCCUGUACCAUCUUAUAUAAGUAUUGAGCUAUGCCCUGUACUAUCUUCUACAGAUAUUGAGCUAUGCCCUGUAUGCCCUGCACACAUUUCUAAUCUUGAUUUUUUGUCUAAACUUCAUAGACUUCCAUCUCUCCACAGCCACACUUCACCCCAGUGACUGUAGCGAUCUGCUGUCCCUCCACGCAUGCGUCCUGAUGAACGAGUCAUUGCACCCCAUCUGCCACAGACCAAUCGACGGACACAAGUACUGUCGCAAGUUCUGUGGACUGUGUGACCCCGAUAUACACACAACUCUCGCAUGAAUUGAAAGACAUAAUUCAUUCUUAAUUGUCCCAAAGGUUAACCUAGCCUUAAAUCCGUCAUCUAUUUGAAGUGUUAACAUACUACACAGCAUACAGUGACCAUAUAAACCAAUUGUUUGAGCUAAGUCAGCGAUAAAUGUGUCAUAAAAUAUAAUCAAUGAAAAUCGCAAGACAUUCUUUUUUUUUUUUAAGUAAUGUUUUAAAAAAAACGCAUGCAAUGAACGUAAAGAGAGCAGAAGAAAUGUUAAAUGAUAAUGUAAACAUUGACGUGA